AUGGACGAAAUCGCCAAAUUUACUCAUACAUACGGCCGUUUGUUGAAAAAUGACGAGUUGCCGAAUAUUUGGUUGAUGGUUUCACUUAAAAAAUGUAUAUUCGAUUGAAAAACGUGAUUUUUGAAGAUUGGGAACUUCAAUGACCCAUCUGAAAUGGUUGCCGAAGUGUUUCCGGCCAGCUUCCGGCAAACUUUUCCUGAAGAACUUAGUUCUAUGUUGACUUUCACAAUGUGGAAACUUCGCCAGAACAUGAAGAAGUUUUUAGAGUUCCACUUGAGGUUUGGAACUUGUAUAGUCUCUUCAAAAUUCCUUGCUGUGUUCAUUUUCCAAGUUUUGAGGCAAAGAGACGUUGCAUUUUUAUUUUGGAUUUUUUAAUACUUUACAGCAAGGAUUUUCGAAGAAACUAUUAGAUCAGUUAAUUUUAGUUUUGAAAUUUUUCAGAGAAGCGCUGGGAAAAUUGGCUGGCCAGGAAGAGGUUACGAACUUGGACGAUUUUUUGAAGUUUUUGGCCCGAAAAUUGAUUCUAGAUGGGAAUUUGACGAUUUGCAUUCCGUUUAUUUGGGUUAUUCACUCAUUUUUUCGUACUAGCAAAUCGAAAUUACAAUAUUUUUCAGCUGUCGUCGCCAUUGCGACAAGUUGAGGUGUCGGACAGCGUUGACGAACUUUUUAUAGUUCCAAAAAAUGCGCCUCAGUUCAAUUUUCUCAACAAAUUUGACAACAAUUUCGCCGACAAACUGAUCCAAUACUUAUACUUGUUCUCCUGUCGCCUUGUUCUACAGCUUUUAAGGUGGCUUGAGAAAAUGAAUUUUUUUUUUCUAAUAUUGAUUUUUCAGACUUGUCCUGUCGUUUGAAAAAGUGAGCGAGAGAGAAUCGUCGAGAAAAAGUAUAUUAAAAGGUUACAAAGCGACCUUUAACGGUCCUGCUGACCUUCUGAUCGCAGAGGAAAAAUGCCAAGUGAACGGAAUUAACGAAAAUUUUUUUAAAUUUCACUUCAGAUCGUUUUGGUUGAACAUAAUAAUAAUAAUGUUGUCGAGGAAGAAGCGCCGUUUGAUGAAAAGGUAGGCAUCUUGACUGUUUUUUAACAUUUUUUAGAUUAAAGGAGCAUGGAAUUUUCUCGAAAAGAGGUUCAUACUCAGAAAUGUUUCUCAGUGUUAUCACGUCACAUGCUCCUUCAAAAUCUUUUUGACAGUACUUUCAUAAAAAUCAAAAAAAGUUCGGUUUUUUUCAGGUCAAUUUCAAAAAGGAGAUGGCUGAUGCUGAUGUAAGGAAAUUUUCAUCUUUCAAAUUUUUGAAAAUAUUAAUUCAGCUUAAAAUCCAGGAGUUACAAACAGUAAACCUGACUCUUGGCAACGAUACAAAAGAUAUUCACUUUCUUCCCUUUGAUCAGCAUUCCUAUGGUCUUUUGGCUCGCAACAACAAUGUUGAGAAUAUUUGGCAUCUUGUAAGUUUGAAAAAAUCUUCAAAAAAGAGAAUAUUUUUCAGAUCAUAGACUUCCAAGAGCCGAAAGACAUGAUUUAUGCGGUUUUCGACGAUUCCCUGGGAAAUCUCGUGAUCCAAAACGAAAAGCUCAACGAUUAUUUCGGAAGAAAUUUGUGGAAUCUGAAGGAAAAGAUGCAAUUUUACAUGGCCCAUCAUUUGAAGUGGGAAAAGUCCUGUUUUAUGAUAAAUCUAUGAAAAAACCUUUGAAGAUCCUCCGCCGAACGUCUUCUGAAGAUGGAGGAGACGUUGGCCUUGGAAGACUUGGAGAAUUUCAGAAUCGAGGUCAUGAAUUUCCUCGGAAAUUCUGAAGGAGAGGCGACGAUCCUCUGCAAAUGGGUACUGUGAAUUUAUUUGAUUUCGAAAAGUUUUCAUAUUUUCAGGGUAAACUGCCGGUUUACUUGGAAAAAGACCAAAAGAUCGAGGAUUUCAUGCGAUCCGAUAAGGAUCGUCAGUAGAUUUGAAUUAUUUAUAGAAUCUUACUAGCUUUUUGAAGAUUUUAAUUUUAACCAAUUUUCAUAUUUUUAGUGUUUUUCGAUACUGAGGAUUUGAUGACUCACCACGGCAUUUUGAGAAAAGAACCGAUCAUUUUCGAAAAAGAGAUCCUCGAGGCUCUUUUCAUGUUCACCCAGCGAGUCAUCCUCCAGUUGUUGAGGUGGAGCCCUGAAAAAAUCAACAUAAUUCCUCAAACUGUUCAGAAUCGCUCUGAAUAUUCAGUUUGCCGCCGAUGGGACGCCUACAAUAACUUAUGAUGGGAAUAUCGAAGUCGAACAGCCAAUUUUGGGCGGUUUCGAGGUUUUUAUUCGACUUGAAUCGAAUAAAAUGCGAAUUUCAGGCGUUUUUGGACCAUGAAAAAUUCACACAUAGACUAAUCUUGCGUGAAGAUGACACGCCGAACAUUUGGCACUUCGUAGGAAUUUACAAAUUUUCAAAACUUUCUCUGAUUUCAAGAUUCACGACUUCAAAUCGCCGGACGAAAUGCUUCGAGUCGCUUUCCAUCGCAAAGUUUAUGAUCAAAUAUUUGCCGAUAUCAGUCUUCAUUUUAAAUUGUUCCAAGCUCUUUGGACUUUGAAAAAUCGGAUGGUUGAAUUGCAAGAACAACGAUUAACGUGAGGAAAUAAAUCUACCCGUCUUUUUGUCUAAAAGCUAAAAGCUAAUGGUUUAGGGUAAUGCUAUUGUCGAUUUUCGGGCGAAACGCUCGAGAUAUCCGAAAUCUUCACCUUUUCUACGAAGAAAUCGGCAAUUCUUUGGUCUGUGGCGAUCCGGAAAGUGUCUAUCUGAUGCCUUUUUGGGUUCGAAACCUUUAUUUUGAGAAAAAGUAAAAGUUUUUCAGUUCGCAUCCUUGGUAAAUUACAAUGAAAUCAUCGUCAAUCUACGCGUUUCUCCGUUGCCCCGACGUAAUUCAUUUUCAUUUUUUUUUUUGAAGGUGCAGGGUUUUUUGUUAGAACUGUGGCUUGAGAAAAGUGUUUGCCUUAGUUUUUGAAAAAUUCAAUUUUGUCCAAGUAUCAAGUUACGGCAUUCCUAAUGGGGUGAGGGAAGGCGAGCGAGGCGUCAAAGUUUCUGAAUUUACAAAAAAAAAGUAAGUGUGCGCUCCGGAUAAAAUGACUGUGACGUCACAGCUACCGAUCGUUGCAAAUUAAGCUGAGUAUCCAACGGCAUGAACUCCCGAUUUGGCUGCGUACUUGAGAUUUCAAAUUUCGCGGCGAAUUUUUUUGACGUCUCCCCAUUGGGAACGCCCUGCAAUUAUCGAUUCAAAAUUUUAACAAGUCCUACAAAAUCCAAACUUUCCACAAAAAAAACCUGCCUUCAGAAAAAAAAAAAAUGUCUUAAACGAAAAUCAAAUGAGUUCUGAGCCAAUUCUUAUCACCAGAGCUGGUGAGAAAACGGGGCAACCCCGGGCGGGCCGGUCAUAUUUCCAAAAGAGCCAUUUUUUCCAUUUUUUUAUCUUACUCGUUUUUAUCCAUGCGGGUCGGGACGCCCGUCGGCAGCUCUGCUUAUGACUCAAACUUAGAAAUUUAAACAUUUUCAGACAGUAUCCUUAGCGCUUUUGAAUCGCUGAAAGCGCCAGAAAAACUGCGCGAGGAAAUCCUCAUGUCCCUCUAUUAUUUCGCCCGAAGGAUUACACUGCAGCUUUUGAGGUACCUCGAAAAAAAAUCAGGAAGAUCGUGAAAAUCACAUUGUUCAGGCUCACUUUGAGCAUUCGCCUAUGCAAAUCCUCGAAAGUAAAGGCGGUACAGUACUGGGGAUACAAUGAACCGGCGCCGAAAGUCAAGGAAUCCGGCGUGAAGAAAGGAAAAAGAGUGGCCGAUGAUCCGGGUUCCGGGCCUUCGAAAGUCCGAUGUUUUUCCAUGGCCCUUGAAAGCUGCAAACGGCAGGCUCAGAAUCAGAAGGUAAUGGACAAAAUGAGAAAAAAGGGACCGUAGGCCAAUUUGCAAAGUCAGUGAUAUACAAUUGAAAUCUAUAUUAAAAGAAAGAAGAUGCCAAUCGAAAGCUAACUGCGAAAACAUAAAAGAAAAGUAUGAAAAAUGAAAAACGUUAUAAGCAAAAGAGUGACGAAAUCGGGGAACCAUUUUUGUCAAUUGUAUGUUUCCCCCAAUUUUUUUCCCAAUGCAAGAGAACUGUUUAAAAUGUGAAAAACAGUCAAAAUGACGACGUUUUUCGACCACUGAAGUGGGCGUGGCUCUGCGGUUCCUAAGAAAAAGACAGUCAUUAAAUCAGCCGGUAAAGAUUUCAGGAUUAUCUUUUUCAAAAAUAAAAAAAUCUGACAAAUUUCAAAAAUGCUGAGUAUUUUUAUUGAUGGAAACUGUGAAAAAUUGUGUUCGAAUAAGAAAACUUCGAAAAAGAAAAUUCGAAGAAAGACAACGAAAAUGACAAAAUUUUCAGAAUCCUCCAAGUGCCACUCAAAAGGAGACUCCCAUAGAAACGAAUGUUCAAAAGGUUUUUAAUGUCCAAACUUUGAAAAUAAGACAUUUUUUCAGGUUCUCAAUCCUUCCGUGGAAAUCGCACCAAAGAGAGAAACUUCUGAAGUAGUUAUCAAAGUGAAAUUUUGAGAAAAAACACAAUUUUUUCCAGAAAUCUCCAUCAAAAGAUGAUUCGUUGCAUCGCAAAGAUGACAAUGAAAUUAAGAGCUCUAGGUUUUUUUUUUGAACUUUUUUUUAAAAUUAUUUUUUCAACAGCAACGAUGCUGGGCAAAACAAUCGGGAGCAAUUGGAACGAGUGGAUAAUGUCCUGAAGGAAAUUGAGAAAAGCCAAGGGCAAAUCUUGAAUAUGGCCGUCGACAGGAUGAGCCAGGCAUUGUUAGUGAAAAGGAAAAAGAUUUAGGGAAAAACAAAUUUUUGGUUGCUUUCAAUCUUGUAUAGGAUUAUAACUCAUUCCGUGACAAAGUGCCACAAUUUUUUCUCCUCCUAGGUACAGAAAUCUUCCGGGGAAGUUCCCUUUAAUUUGAUCGGCCUUUUUUCUGAGCAUGGGCUUUUUAUCAACAAGCUGCCACGGAGUAGGUUAUAGCUCUAUUAUAAGCACCAGGCAGGCGUAGUCGAAAAAAAAAUAGCUUUACGUAAAAAUCGCGGGUCAAAAUUAUUUUUUAAAGAAAAAAGGCGAGUUGACUCCGACUCUCGUAUAGCCGUUCUUUCAUUCCCAGGAAUAUCUAAAAAUGAACUAAGAGCACUGAAAUUAUCGUUAUAGAUCAAAUAUCAAUAGUUUGAGAGGCUAGUCGAAAGACGGAAGCUUUUUAUCGCCCCUGAAUAAACUUUCGAUGAAAAUUCAACUGUUAAAGUCAACUUAAGGGCCCUUCUGACUGCAGAAAAAGGUCUUGGAGUUAAUCUUCCUUUUGAUUUGUGACCCUAAAAAGUCAAAAAAAUAUGCAAGAGGGUUUUAAGCUUCAUACCUUGAAAAAAAACCUACUACGAGAAGUUUUUUUUUCUUCAUUUUGGAAUAAGGAGUUUAUUUGAAUUUCAUCAAAAGGUGUUGUUGAGCCGAUAAUCACUGAUCACCCAGGAAAGAAACGGAGCAAAGCCUCCAAAAGACGUUGACCGCCGAGUUGGAAGUCCAUCAACGACGGUGUGAGGCACUGGCGGCGCGCAGCGAACGACAUUUCGCCGAGCUCGAGCAGGCCAAAGCUCAGCUCAAGGCCAAGGAUGCGACCAUCUGCGAACUGUCGUUUCAACUCGCCGCCUCCCAACAACUGUGCCAGGCAGGCCGACAGGAAAUGAGCGAAAUGCAGAGGAAGCUCGAAGAUGCGCAACUACAGGUCUUCCAGAGAUUAUCGGGUCCAAAAAUGCGCGGUUUUUCAGGUACAACUGAAGCGCAACGAGGAGAUACCUGACAUCAAACCGAAUAAGGUGAGAUUGACGGGAGCUUUAGCGAAAAAAGGAUUGAUUCAAAAUAUCUUAAGGAAACAAUGUAGUCUUUUCGCGUCAAAAAUGGUUUUUCGAAAAAAAAAUUUUUUGAUUUUAAGAAUUCUGCCCCGGCAGAUAAAAAGUCAUUCAGAAGAACUUAAAGAAAAAAUUUUAGAUUUUUUUUUUCGCAAAAAAAGUUUUUAUAAGAAAUAUAAUGUUUAAAGGCGCAUACAGUCAAUCUAAAAAAAAUCUGAAUACCUUUCAGGACUUUAUUUCGCUCAAUGGAAAAGUGGACCGUGACAGUUUUUGA